AAGAGGCAAAUUAGCACAAGCAGAGAGCGAGAAUUUUUAGCAAUAACAGCUUAUGAAACAGUAAUUCAAACUGGUACUAAGCAGGUUGCUGCGCAACCUCGUGAAUUAUUUGGCUCUACUUCUACAA